CCGCGCGCCCAGGCCAGCGGGGCGUGUGCUCCGGGCUUCCCUCCGCCUCCGGCUCCGGACGUGUCUCCACCGCUGCUGCUGCUGCUGCUGCUGCACAGCCGACUCUCGCGCAGGGAUCCAGGCGGCCACCAGCGACCGAAAAUGCCCCGGCCAAUCAACGUCCGCGUGACCACCAUGGAUGCGGAGCUGGAGUUCGCCAUCCAGCCCAACACCACCGGGAAGCAGCUUUUCGACCAGGUGGUAAAGACUAUUGGCCUCCGGGAGGUAUGGUACUUUGGCCUCCAGUAUGUGGACAAUAAAGGAUUUCCCACCUGGUUGAAACUUGAUAAAAAGGUGUCCGCACAGGAGGUCAGGAAAGAGAAUCCCGUCCAGUUCAAGUUCCGGGCCAAGUUCUACCCCGAGGAUGUGUCCGAAGAGCUCAUCCAGGACAUCACGCAGAAGCUGUUCUUCCUGCAGGUGAAGGAGGGCAUUCUCAGCGACGAGAUCUACUGUCCCCCCGAGACGGCUGUGCUCCUGGGCUCCUAUGCCGUACAGGCCAAGUUCGGGGACUAUAACAAGGAGCUGCACAAGUCAGGGUACCUCAGCUCCGAGCGGCUGAUCCCUCAGAGAGUCAUGGACCAGCACAAGCUUACCAGGGACCAGUGGGAGGAUCGGAUCCAGGUGUGGCAUGCGGAGCACCGCGGCAUGCUCAAAGACAGCGCCAUGCUGGAAUACCUGAAGAUUGCCCAGGACCUGGAAAUGUACGGAAUCAACUAUUUCGAGAUCAAAAACAAGAAAGGAACAGACCUUUGGCUUGGAGUUGACGCCCUGGGACUUAACAUUUAUGAGAAAGAUGACAAGUUGACCCCAAAGAUUGGCUUCCCUUGGAGCGAAAUCAGGAACAUCUCUUUCAAUGACAAAAAGUUCGUUAUCAAGCCCAUCGACAAGAAGGCUCCUGACUUUGUGUUCUACGCUCCCCGUCUGAGAAUCAACAAGCGGAUCCUGCAGCUCUGCAUGGGGAACCACGAGCUGUACAUGCGCCGCAGGAAGCCGGACACCAUCGAGGUGCAGCAGAUGAAGGCCCAGGCGCGGGAGGAGAAGCACCAGAAGCAGCUGGAGCGGCAACAGUUGGAAACCGAGAAGAAGAGGAGAGAGACCGUGGAGAGGGAAAAGGAGCAGAUGCUGCGCGAGAAGGAGGAGUUGAUGAUGCGGCUGCAGGACUACGAGCAGAAGACCAAGAAGGCCGAGAAAGAGCUCUCAGAGCAGAUCGAGAGGGCGCUCCAGCUGGAGGACGAGAGGAAGCGAGCCCAGGAGGAGGCCGAGCGCCUGGAGGCUGACCGCGUGGCCGCCCUGCGGGCCAAGGAGGAGCUGGAGAGACAGGCCCAGGAUCAGAUAAAGAGCCAGGAGCAGCUGGCCACAGAGCUGGCGGAGUACACCGCCAAGAUCGCGCUGCUGGAGGAGGCGCGGCGACGCAAGGAGGACGAAGUUGAGGAGUGGCAGCACCGGGCCAAGGAAGCCCAGGACGACCUGGUGAAGACCAAGGAGGAGCUGCACCUGGUAAUGACGGCGCCCCCGCCCCCGCCGCCCCCAGCCUACGAGCCCGUGAACUUCCACGUGCAGGAAGGUCUGCAGGACGAGGGUGCGGAUCCCACGGGCUACAGCGCCGAGCUGUCCAGCGAGGGCAUCCUGGACGACCGCAACGAGGAGAAGCGCAUCACCGAGGCCGAGAAGAACGAGCGCGUCCAGCGGCAGCUGCUGACCCUGAGCAACGAGCUGUCCCAGGCCAGAGAUGAGAACAAGAGGACCCACAAUGACAUCAUCCACAACGAGAACAUGAGGCAAGGCCGGGACAAGUACAAGACGCUGCGGCAGAUCCGGCAGGGCAACACCAAGCAGCGGAUCGACGAGUUCGAGGCGAUGUAAAAGGCCGGGACUGAGGGUGGAGGGCGCCUCGCCGCGGGGCUCUGCCGCACUUGGCUCUUGAGUACUCUAAAUCUAGAAACCUCCCUCCCUGCCCCCAAUGUGUUCCAGUACCUUUAAAAAAAAAAAAAAAGAGCAGUUACCUGGCAGAAGUGUUCUGGCCCGGAACCCAUGGAAGCCUUCCCGGUUGAUUCUUCCAGCUGUAUCGUAGUGCCAAACAGGCCUGAUUUUGAUGCGAGUAACGGAAUCUCUUCCUGCUUCAUGCUUGGAGCAGGGCCGAUGGGCUUCAGGUGCCUGUAAAGCCUAACAAGCUUCGCGCCGGCCCACGUGACUCGAGGUUCACUGUCAUUAAGACCACACUCCGCGGCUCACAUGUGUGCCAUACCUUCCCUAGUUUUGAAAUGAGCUGAUUGUUUGAUUUGUUCUUGAUUUCUAUGAAGGAUCCCUCUCUGCGUUUUGAGGGGUGAAAAUUAUUCUGAAAUUUGAGUCUUAGUAAACACUCCUCCCCACACAAUGAUUUCCUCCCUCCAGACACCAGUGGAGGCUGCUGGCAGAAUCUGUAGCAGUCAUUCAGAGUGAACAGUACAGGACUCUCUGAUUUAAAAAGCAAAACAAAAAAAAAAAAAAACCUUGUUUUCAUCCUUAACUGUUAGAAUACAUUGUUGGACUUAUAUACCUAAUGAUCUGCUAUAGAGUAUAGUAUUUAUAUAUGUGAUAAUAUGGGUUUGUAACAUUAGUUUUAAAAAGGGAAAGUUUUGUUCUGUAUAUUUUGUUACCUUUUACAGAAUAAAAAAAAAAUAUUACAUAUUAAAACCAUGUCAUCACGGCACUUGAUCUGACGUGAUGUAAGGAUAGUAAUGAAGCCGAUUACCUGCUGUAAUCACACCUGUACAAAAAAUCAUAAGUGUUCCUGGUGCACGGAACUGCACACUUCCGUUUUCUAUCUAAGCUUCUUGUUUGAAAAGCAUGCAUUCGUUAUAAGAUCAUUCAGACUCCAGCCAUGAAGGGACCCACACCCGUUUGUCGCGAGCGCCUCGCUCUCGCCCGCUCUCGUUCUGUCUUCCUGUUCAUGGGCUGCUCCAGCUACGGUGUCACGUGCAGGUGAGCCCACACUGCACACAUACGCAAUAAAAGCUCUCCGAGGCAA